AUGUCCAAGUUCGGCUGUCUAGUCAUGGGCCCUGCCGGUGCCGGCAAGACUACCUUCUGUACAGCAUUGAUCCAACAUCUUCAACACAGCAGGCGGUCAUGUUUCUACAUCAACCUCGAUCCUGCGGCGAACGACUUCGCUUACGAACCCGACCUCGACAUUCGCGACCUCAUUUCCUUGGAAGACGUGAUGGAAGAAAUGUCAUUAGGACCAAAUGGCGGUCUAAUAUUCUGCUUCGAAUUUCUCCUGCAAAACCUCGACUUCCUCGCCUCCGCAAUCGAGCCACUCUCCGAAGAAUACCUCAUCCUCUUCGAUCUUCCCGGUCAAAUAGAACUCUACACACAUAUCCCUCUACUUCCCGAGCUGGUCAAAUACCUGUCAAGAAUGGGACCGUUGAACAUCAACCUCUGCGCUGCAUAUCUGCUUGAAGCGACAUUCGUGGUGGACAAGGCCAAGUUCUUUGCCGGAACACUUUCGGCAAUGAGCGCCAUGAUCAUGAUGGAACUUCCACACGUCAAUAUCCUAUCCAAGAUGGACCUGGUGAAAGAUCAAGUGCCCAAGAAAGAGCUCAAGCGCUUCGUCGAUCCAGAUGCCAACCUGCUUGACGACGAUGAUACCGGGCGAGGUACUGCGGAACAUACAGUUGACGUCGGUAAUCCCUCCGAGGUCGACCAAGUAAUGACCGGAGGGUCAUUCAAACAGCUCAAUCGCGCAGUGGCUAGACUGAUCGAUGACUUCAGCAUGGUUUCCUUCCUGCAGCUGGAUGUGAAUGACGAAGACAGUGUGGGCGACAUUCUGAGUUAUAUUGACGAUGCCAUCCAGUAUCACGAGGCGCAAGAGCCGAAAGAUCCCAAAGAAGCGGAAUUUGAAGAGCCAGCUUGGGAAGAGGGUUGA